AUGACCUGGCCGGAUAUCGACUAUCUUGAGCUGCCCAACGGGCGAACCAUUAUCGUUUGCGCAUCUCAUCACAUGGUCACCUGCGGAAAAUGUUGUCUUGACUUCAGCCAUGACUUCGAGUACGACGAAGACGGAAACUACUUGGACGAGGAUGACGAAGAAAUCUUUGGCUUUGACUACGACUCUCGCCUUCCCAGGGAUGUCAGCUUCGCUCAUGUUGCGAGAAGCCGAUAUGGCCGUCCUGAGAGAAUCACUGCGAGCGGAUCUCGGAGAUCCUCAGCGCGUGUCCAGUCUACUUGGGAUGAUGAAGAUGACGACGACAGCGAUGGUCCGCCGCCCCUCAUAGACGACGAUGAACUGAUCUCCACCGUUCGUAUGGGGGAAGGCCCAAAGAUUGUUCUCGGGGCACCUACUCUCAACCCAUCUGUCUCUUGCCGCAGUGAAUUCUCCGGCAAAUUGUUUCCCUUCAAAUUCAACCCGCACCACGACCCGCAGACCAGUACGCCUUUGGAGCCCAAAGAACUUUUCCUUCCGAAAAAGUCCUCGAUAGCUAUUCCAUCUGUUAUCCGCUUCAUCAAUCGCUACGACGACUCGGAAGUUCUCAUUUACACCGACGGGGCCUGUCUUGACAAUGGCAACGCUGCAGCCCGCGGUGGCUCCGCCUUCAUCUUCAAGCCGGUACUCCCCAAUGACGAGAGCGGGUGUGUGGCCUUCAAGCUCGAGGACAAGGGGCCAGACGGCCAGACAUACCGCCACACCAGCAACCGCGCCGAGCUGCGCGCCGCCCUCGCCGCGCUCCAAUUCAGGGCCUGGUGGGGUGAGGGUUUCAAAAGUAUCGUCAUUGCCACCGACUCAAGCUACGUCGUGAACGGUGCCACCGACUGGGCUCGCGCGUGGAUCAAGAAGGGCUGGCGAACAAGCGCCGGCGAACACGUGAAGAAUAGGGACCUAUGGGAGGCCCUGUUGCUUAGGAGUGAGAUACUUCACGAUAACAAUGUCCACGUCCGCUUCUGGUACAUUCCUCGCAAGUUCAAUAACGAGGCUGACAGGGCUGCCAAACGCGCGGCUGCAAUUGUUGAGCCGACUGUUGAGUUUAGCGAAAUAAUGGGGGUUCUCGUUUAA